AUGGGCUUGUUAUCUUUGGGAACUCCCCUUGAUUGGCACGAGUCCAAGAAACACAACGAACAUGUUCGGGAGAACGGAAUCACCCAGUUGAUCAACAUCUUCCGCCAGCAUGCCUCACGCUCGAACGACAAGUUCCUCUGGGGGGAUGAGGUUGAGUACAUGCUUGUAGACAUAGACAGCAAGAACAAGACAGCCAGAUUGUCCAUCGACAAGGACUACAUCCUCGACGACUUGAACGACCCUGACAAGUCGUUGCACAAGCUGGUGGAUAACAAUAUUCUGUUCCAUCCAGAGUACGGUCGGUUUAUGCUUGAAAGUACCCCUGCUUCACCUUAUAAUGGUACUUGUUUGAAAGACUACGUUUAUGUAGAGGAGAAUAUGAUCGUCCGUAGAAAGAUCAGCGAGUCUGAGUUGCCUCCCCACAUCAAGCCUUUGACACUUACUUCGUUUCCACGUAUGGGAUGUAACAACUUCACGUCUCCUCCAGCCAAAGCCAUUGGCCCUGCUUCGCAGUCGUUGUUUCUCCCCGACGAGAUCAUUAAUCGUCAUGUGAGAUUCCCCACGUUAACAGCCAACAUCAGAAAAAGAAGAGGAUCCAAAGUGGCUAUCAAUUUGCCCAUGUACCCUGACGUCAAUACGAAGUUGAUUGACGACUCCAUUCCUAGAGACAGAGACUUGUUUGUCAGCGAUAAAGAGCCCUGGCUCGGUGCUGCUAAACCCGGACAUGUCUAUAUGGACUCGAUGGGGUUUGGUAUGGGCUCCAGCUGUUUGCAGAUCACAAUGCAAGCCCAGGACAUCAGCGAAGCCAGAUAUCUCUACGACACUUUGGCACCCAUUACGCCUAUCAUGUUGAGUUUGUCAGCUGCUUCCCCUAUAUUCAAAGGCUAUCUCGUCAAUCAAGACGUGAGAUGGAACGUAAUCAGCGGUGCUGUCGACGACAGAACAUUUGUAGAACGUGACGUAGAGCCAUAUAAUGGCUACGAUCUAUUUGGAGGCAUGAAUGUAGACAAAAGGCAGCACUUACCACUGCCAAAGCAGUCAGUAAACAAGUAUGGAGACAUCAACAACUUGACUACCAAAGAUGGGAAGCCGAUCCAGAAGAUUCCGAAAUCGAGAUACGACUCCAUUGACAACUACUUAAACGAUCAAAACUACUCGACUAACUACUUCAAAGACGAAUACAAUGAUAUCUACUCGCCCAUCAACGAAAAAGUCUACAAACGUUUGUUGGAACAGAACUCCGACUUGUUUGACGAGUAUACAGCAAAGCAUUUCGCGCAUUUGUUCAUCAGAGAUCCUUUGGUAUUGUUCAGUGAGCGGAUAGAUCAGGACAACAGUACGGAGAACGACCAUUUCGAGAAUCUCCAGUCCACAAACUGGCAGACCCUCAGAUUCAAGCCUCCAGCAUUAUAUUCUUCUGACACGGAUCUCAGCUCAAAGCCCGGUUGGAGAGUUGAAUUCCGUCCUAUGGAGAUCCAGUUGACCGACUUCGAAAAUGCAGCAUACUCUAACUUCAUUUCUUUGCUUUCGAAAGCCAUCAUCAAGUUCAAACCUAAUCUCUACAUUCCGAUCCUGAAGAUCGAAACCAACAUGAGAUUGGCUCACAAUGUUGAUUCCGUGCUUAACGAGAAGUUCUGGUUCAAGUCCUUAGACCAAUGGAACUUGGAUAACAGCGACUUUGUUGGCUAUGACCUCUCAUGGUUCGACAGAUUCUUAAACAAGGGCAAUGACGAAUUGGGCUACGAUGAAGUGUACGUCAAUGGCUACUCCAUUAACGGGAGAAGAAGAACCAUUGAGGCCGUCAACGAUAUCGAUGACCAUGGAAUCGACGAAAGAUAUUCUAUCAAUGAGAUCAUCAAUGGGAAUGACAAGUUCCCAGGUUUGAUCAGAUUGGUCGUCAAGGUUAUUGCUACAGAUUUGCUUCCUGAAGGAUCUCACCAUUGUGAGAACUCUGACUUGGCUAAGAAUUUGACUAGAAUUCAGAAAUACUUGCAAUUGAUUUCUCAAAGAGCAAGUGGCAAGGUUCCCACGACAGCCAACUGGUUGAGAAACAGUGUGUUAAGAUCUGACUUCUACAAGCGAGACUCGAAGGUAAGCGAAGCUUUGAACUACGUUCUUGUUGAGAAAGCUGCUGCCAUCACUGACUUGAGGGACAAGGACUUGUUGAUAGACUUGUUGGGAGAGACAACAACCGAAUAUUUGUUGAACAGCAUUUAG